AUGGCCACUACGCCGGCGAGAGCUCUCGAGACGCUCUUUACGCACAUCGAAGCUGCGAAUCCGAGACUUUGGGCACAAGUACCAGCAAAAGUGACGCAAGAAAAGUCGCAGCGAACAAGACGCAGGAAAAAAUUACCAACCGAGUCGUCGAGUCGAAAAGGCGAGACCUUUGCCAGCUUCGAUCACGUGGAACCAAUCGGUGCGUCUUUCGCAUUGAACCCCAAGCGACGAACGCGUAAAUCAGGACUGAAAAUCGCCAUCAAGCAGGGUCCGGACCUGGAAAAAGCACGUGGAUUUCGAGUUCGCGGUCUGGUAACAGUUGAAGAAUUGGAACAUGAGGACGAGAUCGAGGAACUGCAAAGCGAACUGCACGAAGCGUUUUCCCAGUUCGGACCGUUGCAACGUGUCGAUGUUGUGCGAGAAACAGCUGACGAACGGGUCUCAAGUAUCGGGGACGUUGUGGUGGCAUUUCUGGAUGACAAACAGGCGCUUGCAGCUUUUCGCUCGUACCAUGGGAACGUGUUUGGUGGAAACCUGGUGACGUGCAGUUGGGAACAGCAGAAGAAGAGCAGCGGUAUGGAGAUGUUUGAUAGUGAUUUGGUAUCGGGGAAUUCGAUGCUGAGAGAGCUGCAACAGGUUGACGAGGUGGUGGCGGUGGACGACGACGUGAUGAGGAGGAAAUUUCGUGAUCUUGGACAUGGAAAUGAGGUGCAGGUGGAAGAGACGAGCAAAGCUGUGACGGAGACUUGUGGCGGUGAUGAAGAUAGCGGUGAAGAGGUGCAGGUGGUUGAUGGAUCGAGCACUGGAUGUUUGCCAGCAAGUUCGACGCCUUUCGAGUGUGGUCAAUCCAGCGUAGCAGCUCUGGCUGUAGAAUCGCUUGAGCUGGUGGAGCUUGUUAGUCGCCUUUUGAAGCGGCUUGCUGAUCUUCAGGAGCGCGCGCAUACGCAGAAUCCACGGCACAGCAGACGGUCGCGACGGUUCGUGCUUGGAAUGCAUGAAGUACGACGAGGACUUCUUUGCAGCAAAAUCCGUUUACUUGUCAUGGCAGCAGACCAAGAUGAGUGUCAAGUGCUUGACGACAAACGUGCCGAGUUGGUGUCGAUAGCAGCACAACAGGGAGUGCCUACACUCGCGCCAAUGAACAGACGGAAGCUGGGCAGAGUUCUACAGAAGAGCGUGCGUGUGAGUUGCGUCGGAGUAUACUCUGUCGAAGGCGCGAACGAUCUCUUCCGGCAACUGCUGCAAAGAAUCUCGCCGUGA